AUGACGGUCCGGUUCGAUCUUCAGACGGCAGGUCCGGAGGUUCAAAUCCCUUCCGGACAGUUCCCCCAUCGUGAGGACAGACUAUCCAACUACGGUGGUAUCAUCGAUUCCGGUUCGGCAGAGGUCACUAGCACCAUACCCACUAUCACCAAUGCACAACCGAGAAUCGCUGAGCAGACGACGUUGGGUGGCAGCAGCUACCGAUUGGCCUGCUCGUCAAAGAAACCAUUCAUUUUCGAACGGUCCUCUAACACGCUAAAGCUCUAUCUGCUCGAUGGGGCCGGACUGUAUCGAAUUGAGGAUGGGAAUUCUAGUGGCAGCGUUAAAUCACACAUCAGUACGCUACCGACGCGCUACGACGAAGCUUUGACGCUGCAGAUCCUAGAUAUAAAACUGGGAGAUGCAGAUCAUGUACUGUUCGUCAUCACCACCGACCAGUGGCACAAUGUAUUCUUAGCCCACCACAACCAGGGCAUCGGUCCUGCCACUGCACAACCCAUACAGCGCAUCAAGUAUUCGGGUGAUUAUUCCAAAGCCCAACUGCUCGAGUGUAACGGUAGCAUUUACAUGGUAACGAUCGUUACCUAUGCCAACACUGGUAAAAUUCGUGUCUAUCGGUGGCACCAGUCAUACUUUUCUCUCGAAAGUACCAAAGAGGUGUUAUCGGUCGAUGAUGUACGAUGCCACUGUCCCAGUACACUGCUACUGCUGGCGCUAGAUUAUGGUCAGCUGCCGGAGCGUUCACUGAACCAUGUGCUGUUGCUGGAUAAUGCUGAACGGCCGGUGAAGGUACAAGAAAUGUUCUUCAUGUACAGAUCGCUACCAUCGUUCACGCUAGACGAUAUCCUAUAUCUGAUACGGCACGUUAGCAGAGACAAAUCCUACCUUUACCAAUGGAGUACCGAAGGAAGAUUUGUCCGCAUGCGCAAACUGUCCCAGCACUCACAGCAAAUCACAGCUUUCACCCACUGGGACAGUAUGCUAGCAGUUGCUUUUGAAGAUACAAUUCGUCUCUAUAGUGGAAGUAAACAAAAUCUGCUGCGUAUCGAAACGCCCUUUUCGCUACACGGAAGCAAUUCAUCGGAAAGCUUAACACAGCUUACACCGGGAUCUUCGGGAGAGAAGCUAAAGAUGCUGUACGGUCUGCAAUCGGCUGACAGUGUGGCUGAGCUUGUAUUAGCAGCAGAGUUUGAAUGCCCUUCGAUUGCCAGCAACCAAGACCCCAAUUCCACUGCGUUACAUAUUUAUAAAAUUUCCACCACAAGUGUCGCACGAACAGCUGAAGGAACAGCACAAGAGCAGGGCUUCCAAACUCUCAGCAGCUGUCUCCAUCGGCUCAAGCAGGAACUAAACGAACGUAAAAAGUGGAUCGACCUAAUACGGUUGCAGCUGUCACGUAAGAAUCUCCACUUUGACGCCAUCACGCAAAGUGAACCAGCCAAAUCAACAUACGUACACCCGUCCGUGACGCUGACCAGCGUACUGCUGCCCCACAACAAUCCAAACCUACUGCCACCCUCGCGUACGAUUCUCAACGGACAGUCGCUUCUCAUACGCCACUACCGCGUAGCGACCGACCUCAACCAGGUGCUCUUGCUGAACCGCGCCCGUACCGAAAUUCGGGGCGAUCUGCACGUGGCAGGCAAUGUGCAUGCACGCUGCUCCAGAAUCCGUGCCGUCAGAGCCCAGGACGGAUUCGACGGUGGAGAUGCGGCGAAAACAAGACAGGCGCGAUCCAGCGUGCGCGUGGCAGGAAAAACAUCCUACCGCAUCGUGAAGGCGAAGGAAAUAGUUUCCGAUUCAACGCUAAGCAAACGAUUUUUGCAGCGUUCCAAAAUGAACGUUCUACCUGGCACAAUGCAGCUGGACGAGCUUGCUACGCAGUCCGUGCGAGUGGAGCAGGGUAACAUCAACCACAUAGCCAUUCCGACGCGGAAGGUGUUGAUGGACGCAGCAGAGCACGGUUACCGCGGGCAUAAAGUGUUCCGCACCGUCAAGUCCUUCCGGUUAAACACGCAUCAUCUUAACGGUCAUCCACUUUCUGCGGACAUUAUUGAAUCGGGACUUCGGUACGCAAACGAGGGCAUUACGAUUAGGACGCAUUUAUGCCGUACACGUAACCUAAUUAUACGCGAUACGGUAAACGAUGUUCAUCUGAGACAGCUUGCAUCUGUACAUCAACCUACCUUGCAUGUUAAAGGUAAUCUACUGUUUGGAGAGCAAGUGUGUGUAAAAAAUCUGCAAUUUCGCCGUACGCUGAACAAUAUCCCGCAGGAGGAGCUGUUGGACAGAAUGUCAAACCAAACCAUCACGGGGUCCAUGUUUGUGAGUAAAGGAUUCACUCAUAACCUUCAGGUACGCCACGUUAACAACGAACUGUUGGAAAACUAUGCUACCACCAGCCAACAAAGCCACAAUGGAGGACCAACAUCAGCGACUCUACAAAUAAAAGCCCCGGUACGUGUGGAGAAAAUGGUAGUACUCGGCGAUCUCACUGCCAACCACGAGGAGCAGCAGCUUCUUCCACACAUCGGAACUAACCCGGGUGACUUCCGCCAGCUGUAUACCGGGAAGCUCUUUUUGAACGGGUCGCUUCGCUUGAAAGUAGCCAACAUAAAUGCGAACAACAUUACAAUCAUGGGCCAGUCGGUAACGAGCAAACCGUAUCAACAGUAUCUGCUACGAACGGGACGUCAGAUUAUAAGCGAUCCGAUCGCAUAUCAUACGGCACAGUUUCAGUACCUGUUCGCCAACACACUGAACGGAGUCGCACUGUGGCAGUUUAGCCUAACGCAUCGCAACUGGCAGAACAGCUUCUAUCUGCAGGAUGUAGCUGUGCAGGGUCACAUUCGUCCAGCACGGAUCGCAAAACGGUUGAGUUCGGUGCAGCAGAACCGCAUCGAUGUGAAUGCACACAUUCGUGUGUGUGAUGUAAAACAUUUUAGCGGUACACUUCGCGUAACGCACCUGCACACCCACUCGAUCGACGGUACCCUUGCAACGGAAGCGCUUUGGCGCAAAGGUACUCUGUACGGCAAGACUAGCGCCGCUGCAAAGAUACUUCUCGGGCAGACCGAACUGCGACAGUGCGCAUUACACAUCCGUGGCCCACUACAAACGGCCGGGUUUAAUGGACGAACUUCGUACGAUUUAGCCGAGCUAGCGAAACCACCCGUUCGACGGUAUCACAGCCUGCAGCUAGCUGCCGCUAACGCGACUGUAGCUAGCGUCCAACAGAUGGCAGACCUGUCGCUCGAUGAAGUAUUGCAACGCUUCAUCACUACCGUGCACCAUAACCACGGUGACGGUGGCUCGAAUCUCGGCACGGUACCCUCAUUUGCCAAGAUCGUUACACCGGUCCACUCGCAGAAGAUUGCCAUUGCAUCGGUGGGACGCAUCAACUUCUGUCCUGUCCAGAGACUUCUGCAGGAAACCGUCCCCAAGCAUGGUGGUCGACCAGGACGUCCGAUCGGUGGGCACAAGCACGUGCUCGGUACUGUCAACAUUCCGAAACGACUUACCGUUGUUCGGAUCAAUGCGCACGAUACGGCACAGCUCGCGCACAUUGUUACCCGUGGCCCAGAUGUGCUUCCGCAAACCAUCGACUCUCGGUGGCGCUUCGGCACGGUUACGACCGGCUAUCUCACCGCGAAACUAAUCAAUCGGACACCUCUCGUACGACUAGCGUUACGCUCGGAAGAAACACUCAUACUUCAGAGCGAACUACUGAUCAAUCGCCUGCAGGUGAACGUACUGCAGCUUCCAAAACAUCCGAACUGGCUGUUUGAUCCUAGUACGACGGACGCAUCAUCCUUGCUACACGUACCGCACAGUCUUACGAGGUUACGCUGUCACGGAAGCAUUCACAGCCACAUCCGUGAUCCGGCUCAUCUGUUGAAUCAGCUUCUGCUUACGCCUUCGUUGGAUCAAACCCGACUCAUCUCUAGUGGACUAGUGUUUGCUGGGCAGAGUGUUCACUUUGGCAACUGUUCGACACCGGCAGCGGGUGGCGGUACGAUUCAGCGCAUUGAACGAACUGCACGCCACUGUUUGCGCAGGAACCCAUCGCCAGACCUGCGCACACCCAUCGUUUUCGAGCACGAUCAGGUACUGCUGCCGACAGGACCGGACGUGAUGUCGUUGCGUGGCAACCUGAAGAUCGCUGCAACUGGCUACCUUACAGCACACACCAUCGCAGGUGUGAAUGUAGCAGAAAGGCUCGGCCCAACGGCUGAUCUUUAUCGAUUGGCACCCCGGGGCGGCCAACAUCCACCGAUUGUUGGAGAAAAACGAUUUUCAUCUGAGGGAGCGAUCACCGUGCACAAUGUAACGCUUGUGUCCGGUCCCGCCGGAAGCACGUUCUGGUCCCGAGUAGCUCUCUGUAACCAUCCGUCACAAAAUAGCUGCCCUAUUUCGCUUCAUUUCGAGCAGUCCAGUCUGGCGGUGAGUGAAUUGCUAACAGCAGCUCAGCUUAACUCUGUACCUUUGGAGGGCUUUUUCCAUGCAUUUGUGAAGCGCCAAUCCACACCAAUGCACCAAUCAAAGCUUCAUCACAUUCAAGACGUGCCCGGUACGCUGACCGUAUCCGAACUGCACCUAACCGGUACGACUACGAUAUUGCACCACAUUAACAGCAUACCGCUCACCGAGCUAGUAUUCCAUUCGACCACCAACGCAACGCAUCAGGUAGUGCCGGGUGCGAAAACUUUCCGAACGCUACACAUCGAUGGUCCACUAUCGCUGCAGCAGCUUAACGGGCGCCUUCUGUCACAGAUGCAACGAGACGCCCUUUCUUCGGGUGAGGUACAUCGAGCGGAUGUUAUCAUUUUCAACAAACCAGUAUCUAUGUCCGAGCUACACACACGUACCCUGUACCACACGCGUACCACUUCCUACCGUCUUGCAACCGAAAGCCCUACUAUUCAGCUUCCAUCCGAGCUGAUGUCGCUGCAACCCAACCCGGAGCUGCUUCAUCCUUUGAGGAUGCUGCAACGCAGCAAGGAUGUUGUGCGUGCCCGUUCCAGCGCAGUCUCGCUACGUUCGACGUCCGAGCAAGAUGCGAGCACAUUCAGCGGGCUUGUAACGCUUAACGGUGGUGAUACCGUGCACCUACACUGCUCACCCGAUCACCGGUCGUUGAUAGUGGAGCUGAGGCGGCUCCCAGUGAACCGCACCAGCGAACAGCGACUUCACGACCUACCGCACGCGACCGGAUGUCUACAUACGGUCGGAGCGUAUGCGUUAAAUCGGACGACGCUACUGGUUCUGGUACGUCACAAGCAUUCGGGUGUAACCACCACCACCACCUCCACGCUCUAUCAGUACGAUCUUGUCCGAGGACACUUAACACCGGUCAAGAAACCGUCCUCCUCCGGCGGCCCCACUACCUGCGAACAUACCCAGCUUCUGCAGCCAACGCACGAGGAAAUAAUGCUGGCAACGGCCGGCUGCUUUGAGUCUGCUGUUUCCAGUGGGCUUAAAAUCUAUCAACUCGACACCGGUGGAUCAUCGUCGUUCGGUUUACGUCACUUUCAAACAAUCGACCUGAUUUCCGCGGUUAGCGCAAUGGGCGCCACGGCCGAUGGUACUGUUUUGCUGAUAAAAGACGACACCAACCUUUGGCAUCGCUACACCUACAGCUCCGUAAAGGGCUGGACACAACUAGAUGGACGAUAGAACUUUGU